AGCUCUUCUGAAGCACCAGAGGGGCCGUUUUCAGACACAUCACACUGGCGAACAAAGCCAAUGGCAGAGAUCAGUGUUUCACCCUCCAGGGAGCUGCAUGUGCCGAAGAAUCGAGAAGGGCUCAUGGAUGAGAAGGCGUUGAAACGUGCGAACCGAUUAGCUGGCGUAGGGCAGUCGGUGGCCAGCAUGGACUUGAAGGCCGUAGCUGAAACCUAUAAGAGUCAAGCUGGCAGCAGUGGCAUCGAGGCAGCUGCAGCAGCUGCAGCUGCCCUGAACGCGGCACUAAAGGCAUCUCUACACGGAGGGGUGGUUGACCAAGAGGAGUGCCUGAAGGUUGCACAGCAGGAGGUCCAAAAGGCAGCAACGAAGCGGGCUCGCCAAGCACAAGGAGAAGCUGUUUUGGCAGCCCGGGUUGCAGAGGUGGGCUACGAGGGGCAGGCACGCUCGGAGGCAAUGAAGCUAGCGCAUGACGCCCACUUCACCAAGGUCAUGGCCAAUAGGAAUGAUCGCCUGGCUGAAGAUACGGCCACGAAGCGGGCGAUCCGUGAGGAGCGGGCUGCUGCUGCAGCAAGUCGAAGGUGCCUCUCUGAGGCCAGAGCGAGAUUUGGCCAUCGGUGGCCAUCAGUUCCAGUUGAAGACUCUGCUGAGCCGUCAGCAUAUCCUAGUCUUUUGGCAGAUGAUCCUGUGGUACGCCGAGCGCGGGCUCUUUGCAGUGGUGUUGCUCAGGCAGUCUCGCAGCUGGAAGAACAGAACCAGAUGCUGAAGAAUAAGCCAUCUUUGCAGAUUAACCUGCCUAGGUCACAGCCUGCAAGGGAGCAAAAAACGCCAAAGCCUUUCCAGGGGCCGUUUGACAACGAGGAGCUCAUCGCGAAGGCGAAAGAGCUGCUCGCAGAUUACAAGCCUUUUCCUUAUUUGCAGGUUGCCCUCUGCGCGGUCCUCAGCGCGGACAACCCCCACAAGAGAGCCCUCCAGUCAUGGAAGCCCGCGGCAAGGAGACCUCAGUGCCCUUCAGCGUGCACGACAGCAAUGUACAGAUGUUUGUGUCGAGCUGUCUACAAAGAGCCGUGCAAUGAGACGGUAGCAUACGAACUGACAAGGCUGAAUGAGAAGAUGUUGCAAGUGCAAUUAUUGCAUACUGCUACUGUAGUCGUAUUUAUAUAUUCACAUGCAGACUGAGCAGCAUUAGAGGUUGGCAAGGGAUUGGGCGGGACAAGACUCAAGCAUGACUCAAGCUAAGAAUGCCGCUCAAUGGACUCUAUGUCAUUGUCGCUCAGCCUACAUGUUUAGCAGUUUCACAGGCCCAAUUCAUCUCCUGCCUAGGAUUUUCAGCAACUGAUGGCAGUGUAUGAUUGACACAGCAAGGAGGCCGUAGAAUCUCUUCAACGGACGAUGUUGCCCGUG